AUGGUCAUGGCAAUAAAUGCGAUUAGGAACAAAGAAAUGGGAUUGAAAAAGGCUUCUCAGAAAUUUUCUGUCCCAAGACCGACUCUGCAAAGACUUGCUGGAGGUGACAAGCCACCAGAAGAAGCAGCUGCCACUCGUCUGGGAAGGAAAACUAUAAUGGGAGACCAGCUGGAAAUGGAGCUUGUUGAGUACCUGCUUCAGAUGGAGAGCAAGUUUUACGGUCUCACCAGACAAGAUGUUCGCAGAAUAGCUUACCAACUUUGUGUAAGAAACGGGAUAAAAAAUCCGUUCAAAACAGAGGGGUUAGCUGGUAGGGCUUGGUUCGACCAUUUUAUGAGGCGGCACAAGGAUGUAUUAUCUGUAUUGAAACCUUCAGCAACUUCAUUUUCAAGGGCAAAUGGAUUCAAUGAAGAGGCAGUAAACAAUUUCUUCGACAUCUUAGAAGCUGAGUAUAGGAAACACAAAUACCCAGCCGACAGAGUUUUCAAUGUCGACGAGACAGGGAUAUCUGUGGUUCAGAGUAAAAUUCCCAGAGUGAUUGGUUUACGGGGGAAGAGACAAGUGGGAGCUCUUAGCUCAGCUGAAAGAGGCUCUCUUGUGACUGUCAUCUGUUGCAUGAGCGCAGGGGGCACUUUCAUUCCGCCCAUGUUAAUUUUCCCAAGAAAAAACAUGACAGAUCUGCUUAUGAAAGGUGCUCCACCAGGGGCGAUUGGUAGGUGCCACCCUUCAGGGUGGAUACAAUCAAACCUGUUUACAGACUGGCUACGCCAUUUUAUUGAGAAGACUAAGCCAACAAAAGAAGAUCCUGUACUUCUGAUCCUAGAUGGUCACAACUCUCACACAAAAAACAUAGAUAUUGUGAAUCUUGCGAGGGAUAACUUCAUAUCAAUCAUUAGUUUGCCCCCACACACGUCACAUAAGCUACAACCGUUAGACAAGUCAUUCCUGGGGCCACUAAAACACCACUACAGUGAACAAAUACGCCGGUAUAUUCGACAUGGCGAAAAACGAGUGGGACCCUAUGACAUUGCAGAGCUUCUAGGACAAGCGUACCUAGCUUGCCAGACAGGGUCGAUAGCUGUGAAUGGGUUUAAAACAACCGGAUUGUAUCCAUGCAACAGGAAUGUCUUCACUGCUGCAGACUUUGCACCAUCAUCUGAAGAGACAUUCGACAUGGAAACCCUACUGCAAGCAAGAAAGAGAAAGCCGACACAGCCUCAAAUGGUACACAACUUUGAACACUCAGAGGAGGACGUCGAUGAUCCUGAAGAGAUUAUCCAAAGUCUAAGUGAGGAUAACCCGCCCGAGACCGAAGCCCACCUACAACCCAUCACAUCCACCUUAUUUCGACCGUCCACUGAAGACCUAGACCUUGCAGGUCCAUCCGGUGAAUGUGGAAAACAACAACAUUCGACAACUGCUGUGUCACCAAAGGAUAUAUGGCCUGUACCCAAACCUAAGAAAAAAGUUUCAAACAAAGGACCGAAACCGUCAAAAGCUGCUCUGGUCACAUCAUCACCCUACAAAAAUGCUCUGCUAGAAGCAGCGGAAAAAAAGAAAUUGACUGACGCUAAAAAAGAAGAAUCAGAGAAAAGGAAAAAGGAAAAAAUCCAGUCUGCAACAAAGACAAAAAACACUGUCAAGUCUGUAAAACGGAAAAUUUUCGGAGACAAGGACUCAGAUGAAUCGGACUGCUCCGUCAAUUCCGGAGAGUCAGUUUUGGAAAUGCCUGUGGGAGUUGAUAAUCCCGGAGAUGAGCAUACGCCCUGUAUGUUUUGUGAAGGACUUUACUCAGCCGAUCAUCGAGGAGAACUGUGGAUCCAGUGCAUGAUGUGUGAAAUGUGGGCACACAAUGAUUGUGCUGGGGCUGAAAAAGAUGUGUAUGUUUGUGACUUUUGCAGACCAUAA